GAGUCAUUGGACUUCAGGGAUGAAGCGGGUGGCUGUCACCUGUAAAGCAGACAUUGCCUUGCAAACAUCUGUUGAAGCAGAGAACAUGAAGAAAGGCAAUGAUUCUCGAUGACUCCCAUCCACCUUCUGUGGUGGAUCAAUCUCUGAUUGGGUGGUAGUCUUCGCGCGCGCACACACGCACUUGUCAGCUUUUGGUGGAGGAAUAACUCCUUUUGAUGGGUGGAAAAGGUAUAAGAUUGCUACCAUUCUUUCUGUGAAAGAUGAUUUGGGCAAAAGAUUUGAGCUUGAGCUUGAAACAGAGGAAGUGAAUCCAUUGUGUCAGCUUUAAUUGGGUUUCUCAAAGAGAUCCUUGUGAGAACUUUGCAUCACAGUCAGAUCUCCAAAAGGGAAGAUGCCUUUUCUUUCUGUGCUGACUUCUUCUGUUUGUAACUUUGCAUUGGCCAUAUGCUUGCUUUGACUCCUGGAAAUGGACCCAAUAGAGGCCACUGCAAGAUUGGAUCUCACAACAUUAUCUGCAUUGCAGUACAUGGAUGUUUGCAAUUCCUCUCUCUCUCUCUCUCUCUCUCUCUCUCUCUCUCUCUCUCUCUGCGUGCCAUAAUCUGUAGUUGGUGGAGCCACACUGUGAAAUCCUCUUUUUCUAAUGUGAUCUAGUUUGGCAAGCUGAGUUGAGGUUACAAAUUAAUUUGAACCUCUAAAAACAUAUUUAUUAUAUCAAUAUUUUUAUAUUUUAGUUUGAAAUGAAUGAAUUUUUUCUUCAAUAUUUCAUUGUUUUUGUUAAAUUUAAUGAACAUGCAAGAGAUUGUCAGACAAGCAAAAAUAUGUCAAAGAUCUUACAUGCUAUUUGGUCCACCACCUUAAUGCCAUACCCUCAGUUACACCCUUUUCAUGCAUCCAAUUCAACCAUCCUAUGAACUCCUCCUCAUUUAUGACAAGGAAAGAUCUCCAUUAGCGACAGUGUGACUGAGUGUUUGAUAUGCUUUCUGCUGAGGUAUAUUGUAAGAUUAUUUGGACCGGAAUCGUGACACUUAGUCUCCAAAUUUAAUUAGCUAUCUUAAAUCUUCUUGCGUAGAGGUGGCACUUGGACCAAGCUAUGAAUGAUACCAGGCAAAGAGCUCCGGCUAUAAAUUUGGAGUGCAGCAACAUCCUGCCCCAGUCUGUUCUUGUGUUUGAGAGGGAAAAGGCAGGGGGAGUUUGGCAGGGAGAUAGUGAGGUAUAGAUAUAUAAGGCCAUCUUCUUCUCUCUCACCUUCCAUAGGCAGAGAGGUAUAGACAUAUAAGGCCACCAUCUUGAAGCCAAGGGAGGUGGUCAGGAGGAAGAGAGCUGGGAAUGGCUGCAGGAAGAGCAACCCUAGCACUGGGGGUAGCUUCUCUUCUUCUUGUGGCCUAUGCUAGCGCGCAUGAUUUUGUAAGGUUUGGGUACAGGGGAGCAAUUGGGCCUGACAAGUGGGGUAGCUUAUGCCCUGAGUAUGAACUGUGCUCAAAAGGAAAGCAUCAGUCUCCAAUCAAUAUUGUGAAAGAUGAUGUGGUCUAUGAUCCGACGCUUGAACCUCUUCAGAGGGAUUAUGCUGCCACAAAUGCUACCCUCGUCGACAAUGGCUUCAACAUUGCGCUUCGGUAUGACAGUGGUGUAGGGCAUGUGACUGUGGGUGGAAAGAACUACACCUUGAUACAAAUGCAUUGGCAUUCACCUUCUGAGCACACAAUUGAUGGAGAGCGAUUCCCUGUGGAGCUCCAUCUUGUUCACAGUAGUGAUGAUGGCAACAUCACAGUUGUAGCAAUCCUGUAUCAAUUCGGCCAUCCUGAUCCUUUCCUCUUCCAGAUAAAGAACAAGGUUGCUGAACUGGCCAAGGAAGUCUGCGCUGGUGAUGAAGAGGCACAUGUUCCAGUCGGAAUUGUGCAAACGAGGGCCAUGAAACGCCACUCUCGCAAGUACUUCAGAUAUGUUGGAUCGCUUUCCACACCUCCAUGCACUGAGAAUGUCAUUUGGAACAUCCUCGGCAAGGUGAGGGAGAUGACCGCGGAACAAUUAGCUGAACUGAAGGCGCCUUUGCACGAGGAGUACUACAACAACUCAAGGCCAACACAGCCAUUGAAUGGGAGGACGGUGCUGCUCUACGACGAGUCUAAGGCCAGUUAACCUCAGUAUAACCAAAGAUAACAUGCAUCAUCACCUGGAUUGUCAUUGUAUCACUGAAGAGGAAGAAAUGAAUGAUGUACGAAGCUACAUUUCAGCUAGUACAGUUUGAAAUCUCUUUGGAGUUUGAAAUGCUGCCUGCACCCAGUUGUAACGAGUGCUACUUUUUCAAAUGAAUCAGAGUAAUUUCCUUUUUAUCA